AAAUUCUCUCUUCCAUGGAGGUGAUCAGAAUCACAUCCUCUGGCCACCUGCAUAUGAAACAGAAAUCAUGUGUAGAGCAUGGCAUUAGUUACCAAACUGCAGUGGAAGGGUAAGAUGGAUUUUUUUUUACUGUACUUGAAAAAGAAGUGAGGAAGGAGUUAAUCAUUGCAAAAUACGUGGUCAUUUCCUGAGCCCUGUGGUUGGAUGAGUACAAACUUUCAACUAUUUCUAAUUCUUCUCUGUCAUUUAAGAGGCUUUCAAGGUGCACUGUCCAUCCCAGACCAGUUCUGUAUGGCCUUAGCUGCUAAAUACUUGAAGCCUAUGCUACGGCCCCCUGAAUGAAAAUUGGCCACAGUGUGUCUACUCAUCCUGCAGUCACAUUUCCCAGUUACUGCACAGGUACAACCCAAGGAAAAGUACUCAGCAGCUUUGUGGGGGAAGAGCAAAGACCUGAACCCAGGCCUCCCCUGUCACCAGCCAGCAGCUUACCCACUGCUUCUGCAUCACUUGAGCUCUACUCAUAGAGGAAAUCUGAUCUGUUGCAGCACGGAAACAUCAGCGGUGACCACAUCGAGACAAAUUCCUUAGGGAGCAGCCUGUAAGUCUGAUCAACACUUAAGAUGAAAAGUUUUGCAUUCUCUGUAGCAGGAUGUUACAUGCAGAGUUUAGCUGUAUGAGGGAACUGCUGAGGCAAAAAGGGAAUAUUCAAGAACACAAGCCUCUGCUUUGAGUAGCAAUUCAGACAGUCCUGAAGGAGCUGAAUCCCCAGCAGGAGCAAUACACACUGAAGGUCACUGAGUUUUCUCCAGUGUUAGCUACAUUAAGGUUUCUAAGCCAAGUGUUCAUGAUAUGAUCCAGUGGGUUUAUAGGGAUCAACAUCCACCUUGUGAAUAAUGGUUAAAAACGGAUCCCACCUGGACAGUGAAACACUGGCAAUGCUCCAGAAUAAAGCUAUCUCCAUCACCCUUCCAGUUGUGUAUACACUGGUGGCUUUGAUCAGCAUCCCUGGCAACUUGUUCUCCCUUUGGGUACUCUGCUGGCACAUCAAACCCAAAACACCUUCAGUUAUCUUCAUGAUCAACCUAAGCAUCACGGAUCUCAUGCUCGCCAGCUGCUUUCCCUUCCAGAUUUCUUAUCACAUCCAAAGCAAUCACUGGACCUUUGGCAAGACUCUUUGCAGCCUUGUGACUGUGAUGUUCUACUCCAACAUGUAUUCUUCGAUACUGACCAUGACCUGCAUCAGCAUUGAGCGGUACAUGGGUGUGGUAUAUCCCAUGAAGUUGAUUAAGUGGAGAAGAAAAAGAUAUGCCCUGGCUGCCUGCCUAGGUAUGUGGAUGUUCUUGUUACUGGCCUUCUACCCGCUAGAAAGCACGGAUCUGACCUACGAAGUGAAAGAAUUGGGGAUUAUAACCUGUUUCGAUGUCCUCAAGUGGGAUAUGCUGCCCAACUUUGCAGCCUGGGUAGCCUUUCUCCUCACACUAUUUGUUGUGCUCUUCCUCAUCCCUUUUGUUUUAACAGUUGGGUGCUAUAUUGGCAUAAUUCGGAAGCUUAUUCAGACAUCGAGCAGAUAUGGUAACAGGCAGAAGACUAGAUCCAUAUACCUGGCGAUAAUAGUCCUUCUGGUAUUUGUCACCUGCUUUGCCCCCAAUAACUUUAUCCUACUUGUGCACAUGAUCAUCCGCCUGUUUUAUGGCAGGAGUUUGUACCCUGCCUACAAGCUCACCUUAUGCUUCAGUUGCCUGAACAACUGCAUAGAUCCCUUCAUUUAUUAUUUUGCAUGCAAAGAAUUUUACCAGAAAUUCAUGGAAGUGUUUCGCCCUAAGGUCCUGCUCAGCGACAGUUUGGAAACCAGAAGGGAAAGCUUAUUCUCUGGAAGAACCAUGUCAGCCAGGUCGAUGUCAAGUGGACCUAUGGAUGGGCUAGAGGGAGUAAAGGUCUAUUUGCAAAGGCGAGAGAGUGUUUUUUAGCCUUAGAGAUCCCUAGAAGAAAGGCAUGAGAUCCAUGAGUAGACACAGAAAACAUUUCUUUUUGAAUAGCUACCCUCAAAAUACCUUGCUCCAGUGACAGACCUCAAGCCACACUUGUAUUGUACUUCAGUAUUUUCUGCUAAGAAAUGGAAGCAUUGGAGGAACAGAGUUUAUUCAAGAAGGCACUGAAGCAAAUCCAGCAUUGAUUAAUAAGUGUUGGCCUGGAAUUAGUCCUACUGCAUGAAAGCAAGGGAUAAGUUUAGAACAAAAAAUAAUUCCAGGUUGUAUGACCUCAGUGUUUAACCAAAGGCUUGUGAUUCUCGGUGAAUGUGAAAUAUUACUGUAUAUGAACUACAGCAUACACUGAAGUUGGAUUUGGGGUGAGUUAUUUUUAUAAGCAAUGCGCUGAGUUUUUUAUUUGUGGGCUUGGUUUUCUGUUUGUUUUGUUGAAUUUUUUGUUUUUUGUUUUUUUUUUUUUUAAUGUACUGCUUACUCUCUUGUAUUUCUACAUAAGAAUGAGAAAAAUGGCUUGUCAUUCUACCAUUAAUGCAUAAUGCAUACCCGCUGUGAAUUUACCACAACAGUCGCCCAACUGUUUAUCAGAACCAAACCACAGUAACCUUUGAAAAGGUUACGUUGACUUAUUUCAAUUUUAAACACCAAAAUAUCUCAUACAAUGAAAGGAAAGCAAGAGCUACUAGUUUAAGACUACUUCAGCUUCUGAAUGGAUAUUUUCAUUUGUUGAAGUUAUUAAUUUCUCAGGACAGUGGGGAGCAGUUGAUUUAAGAAAACAGAUAUUUUUCACAUUGACCUACUACAGUAACAAUGCUGCUGCUCUUAUGCGAUUGGUAUUAACAUGUCAUUUUCACCAAUUCCCUACAGGCUAUAGACAGAAGCACCAUCCCCCUCAGCAGAGAAUUUAGCUUUAUAUAGUGUACAGGCAGCGACUUUACCUUUCUUAUGGUGAUAGUAUUGAUUAUUAACCAGAUUUUCAGCUGGAUAUACAAGAAUUCAACCACAGACUGGAGUGAUUCUGUGUCAGCAGAAACUAGCAAAAACCCUGUUCCUAUGGCCAGAUGUCAAAAAUGUACUUCUUUCAAGUAGAUAAACAGAAAGAAAAAGGAAAAAAAAAAUGAAAGCAAGGCUUGAGGAUGGGAGAAGGACCAAGUACGCUGGAAAGAGGUUAUGGCAGGUUGAUGUGCAGUCCUGUGUUUGGGACUCCACUCUGAAAUAUCCUUCUCCAGCUUGUUUGCAUAUACUAUGUCAUGGUUUAAUCAUUCUGACAACUCAAGAACUGCCUACGUGCUUGGAAAGACAACUGCUACAGAAUAUGUGCUGGGGACAGAACAAGGCAAAGUUUUUUCUGUAGUAUUUACAGCUUUUUACAUGCCUUUGGGCCUCACUGGCAGAGAAGAGUCAAUAAACACCUGGCAGCACCAGAUGAGCUCCCCCUCACAAGCAAGAGAAAGCUAUAUGGUAUCCUUUUGUGCACUGUCACUCCACCCAGUGCUCAGUAUGAGGCUGUCUUCGACAUCGUGGACAGUUGGUUCAGACAUCACAUGCUAGGUCUGCCUUGAGCAGGCCUGUAGUGAUUUCUGAGUUCCUGUGCCUAAGUAAAAGGCAACACUCAAGGCCUUUAAAAUCUGACUUUUUUCUUUGUGUACAACAUGGUUAAGGCAAAGUUUUAUACCACUAAUCACCAUGAGUUUCUUCAUGAUAGAAGCUGGAUAGCCACAAAAUAAACAGUGAAAUAUUUGUAUGUCCUAUAUUCUGCUAAAGUAGAGUCAGUUACUGGAGAAGGAUAAAUGUGAGUGGACCUAGGACUACCUUUUAAAAGCCAUCUGAAGUGUUUUGUGGCAUUUCACAGUACUGGUUUUAAUUGAUCUGCACUUUUUCUGCCCACAAGGCCAGCCUUAGUGAUAUAGAACCUGUCCAAACCUUUCCAUCAAUUUGCCUGGAAGCUACCCUGCGCUACCAGCCUCUGUGCUGUGUGCAUAUGUGUCGUGAGAUGAACUUGCUACUUUAAAUCACCUCACAUGUGCUAAAAGGCAGUCCACUGAAUAUGUUUCUGCAUGAGUCCACCUUGCUGUGCAAGCCCCUUCACCAUCCACUUCCACAGAAUUCCAGCUUUCUCACUACAAGAACCGUUUUCAGCAUUUUGCUGUGGCAGGAACAUUUUCGGAGGUUAUACUGAAAUCUCUCUCCUCAAAAUUUAUCUUUUUUUUUUUUUUUUUAGCAUGCAAGUAUUUUUACAAUGAAAAUCAUUACUUGUCCUAGCUCUAAUGCAGAUUUUGAACCUGUUUUAUCUUGAACCUGAUCUUCAAGCACCUAGUGCCUCCUAAAAUAUGCUGCUAUGUGCCUGAUCUGCAACUGGCACCAAACAGAGCCAAAAGGGCAGAAACUGCACUUUGGACAUCAUCUGCUAUGUUUUGAAAAAUACUGAACUGCUCCUUUUGCAAGAGAGAAAAGAUGCUCACAACUGACUGAAAAUGUUCUUCUCUCCAGCCUCACACAGCUCUUCAUAGCCCUUCAUACCUCUUCUGACAUUGUCUAAAAGGGAAGAGGAAGGAUUGCUCAUUCAGGUACCUCUUUCUGCCAUUUUACCAGCUAGCUUUUAGUCAGAUCAGAUUAGGAAAAAUUCCCAUUUGAGUGUGAUUAUUCCUUGAGAAAGGAAUAUCUAAAUGAACCCAACAACAGCAAUCUUUCAAGUCCCAUGGUGUACGCUGUGAAGUUUUGAAGAGUUUUUUUAGAGAUGAGGAGAAGAAAUUGUUUUUUAAAGUGUUCUUUGACACUGGGGCAUGUCCUACUGGGGCAUCAUAAGGUAGCAAGACUUCUACCCUCCUUGGUCAAUUGGUGUGAGUUGACAUACAUGUAUGUACAUAUAAACAUGUACAUGUAUAUGGAGAUUGCCAUUUUAGAGGUUAUUGAGGAGUUCAUGACUAUAUUGCCUUUGGCGUAGGGAAUAUGGGUCCUGAGCAACAUGCUUACUUAGUUGCCUCUGUGGUUAAUGUAAUUUUACUGAGAAGACAUGAAUGUAUAGGCUUCUGUUUGAGAUUUAAGGGGUGGGUUUUGUGUUUGGUAGGGUUGUUAUUUUGUUUUAAUUCUUGUUUAGCAAUAUAAUCAUCUAUAAAUGUGCUUGGACAUUUUUGUGUAUAUAAGAACAAUAAAAAUCCCAAACCAAACAAACAUAAAAAGAUCACGA